GAGAUGUGUCAAGAUGCGCGAUUUCAGUUCCGCCUCCGCUGAUGCUCGUCGAGCACAUUCCUGCGCGAAAUUCCCUAUGCGGAACGACGCGGUAUCCUCGCGGUUCUUCAACGCGGAACGACGAGACCGCUCACCUCUUUGGAGCCGAGCUGCGAAAGUCUCGGAUGAAUCGGCGCUCGCGCAAUUCUUCAACUUUUUACGGUCCUUCGAUACAUUCGACUGGAACCGACUCCUGAAAGAUCACGUACAGACGUUGCGACGAGAUCCAAGAGAUACAAACAAUACGAAUACUAGACGCCAAGUACUAUAUCCGUAUCAAAAAUCACUUGAUACGCUCGGUAUAAACGCCCGCGGAUCAUUUUGGUUCGAUACUCCCGACUCGCGAGUAUCAGACCAAGCUGGUACGCGUAUCAAAAGAUGUCAGCGUGCUGUAAACGAUUCGAUUCGGAUUUAUACAGAGCUUGGCUUUCAAGCUUUCGCGGCUGCUGUCUUGUUCAGUCGUAAUGGCACCAACUCGAUGCGCGUACCAACCGAUUUAACAGUGUAA